UGCAUGGGAGAGAGGACGAGAGUUUGUGUCCCAGGCUUUUUAGAGUGGAAAAACAUGGUGAAAGAAAGAAAAAUGCACUGAGAAAGAAAUCAUGCGCAUUGGAAGAUGGAGGAAUAUUGCAGUUUCUUUCACCUUUCCUGCUUAAUUAUAUGUAUGUGUGCAUGCAUAACUCUGAGAUAAUUUAGUUGGUGUAUUGUAUUGAACUUACUGUUGGGGAUUUAGCUGCAUGCAAACUCAGUGGUCUACUCCUUUUUCAAAGUUUGCUUAGAAUUGUGUCUGCAUUACACAAAAUACGUGUGUCUCUAUCUGCAUGUGUUUUUGUUCUAUCAAGGGAUCGAUUUCACAAACUUUUUUAUGCUUGCCUUUGAACAUAAACACUGAACCACUGAACUUCCUUGAAGUGUUUUCCUUUGGCAUGUGGCUCUGAUUUGGAUUUUUGGCUAGACUUGCUUUAUAUGCUCAGUUCUUUUGAAGUUUGUGUCUGUUAUAAGGGCAUUGUGCAGUAGGAUGGAGUCCUGUCCACUUUAUUCUGCACUCUCUCUUUUCCUUGUGCUUUUCACCAUCCUUUCUUCUGUUCUGGCUGGAAUGGACUCUUGUUAUGAUGAGGAGGGUAUCUCAAGCCGCUGUUUGCCUAAAUUUGAAAAUGCGGCCUUCAACCAGUCCAUCAUAGUUUCAAAUGUAUGCGGCAUCCCAGCUGAGGACUAUUGCAUGCAGACGGGGUCUACACGCUCAUGUCACUACUGUGACGCCUUGGACUUAGAAUUAAACCACAAUGCCACUUACCUGACAGACUUCCACACAGAUGAAGAGCCAACCUGGUGGCAGAGCCAGUCCAUGUUCUAUGGAGUUCAGUAUCCAAAUUCAGUCAACCUCACACUGCAUCUUGGCAAAGCCUUUGAGAUCACAUACGUCCGUUUAAAGUUCUACACCAGCCGACCAGAGAGCUUUACCAUCUACAAGCGAACAGAGGAGAAAGGACCAUGGCAACCAUACCAAUAUUACAGCGCUUCCUGUCAUAAGACUUUCGGAAGGGACAAUAAGGACUUCAUACGGCCAGGACAGGAGGAGAGGACACCACUCUGCACAGACGAGUUUAGUGACAUCUCCCCGCUUACUGGUGGAAAUGUGGCCUUCUCCACAUUGGAAGGACGACCCAGUGCUUACAACUUCGACCAGAGUCCCGUGUUACAGGACUGGGUGACAGCUACAGAUAUCCUCAUCUCUUUGGAAAGACUGAACACAUUUGGGGAUGAAUUCUUCAAAGAUGCCAAAGUGCUCCGCUCGUAUUUUUAUGCCAUAUCUGACUUCUCUGUGGGGGGCAGGUGCAAGUGUAACGGCCAUGCCAGCGAGUGCCUUACUAAUGAGGAGGGCCGUUUUGUUUGUGCUUGUGAGCAUCACACUGCAGGUGUCGACUGUCAGCACUGCGCCCCAUUCUACCAGGACCGCCCAUGGGCUCGGGCCACUGCUGAUUCAGCCAACCAGUGUGUGAAAUGUAACUGCAAUGGUCUUGCUGAUGAAUGUGUGUUUGAUGUGGAGCAGUACCGCAGCACAGGAAGUGGGGGGCGCUGUAUAGGCUGCAGGGAAAACACAGCUGGGCCUCACUGUGAGCAAUGCAGAGAGCACUUCUAUAGAUCAUCACUGCUGCAGACCUGCCAAUACUGCUACUGUAAUUCUUUGGGCUCUGUGAGUUUGCAGUGUGAUGCAGAGGGAGUGUGUUUGUGCCGGCCAGGUGUGUCUGGUGUGAAGUGUGACAUUUGCAUGUCCGGCUUCCAUUCUCUCGGCCCUAGUGGAUGCAGGUUGUGUGAUUGUGAUGAUAAGGGCAGUGUAGCAGUGUGUUCAGCAGAAGAUGGACACUGCCAAUGCAAAACUAAUGUGGAGGGACAGUCCUGCAACCGGUGCAAACCAGGGACCUUCAACCUCCAAAUGGAUAAUCCUGAGGGUUGUAAAAAAUGCUUUUGUUUCGGUCACUCCCUCGCCUGCACAUUCUCCAAUCAGCACGUGCCUAUCAAUAUAACAUCAGACUUCCUUGAAGAUCCAGAUGGCUGGAGGGGUGUAUUCUCUGAAGGACAGGAUCAAUCCUUAAUCUGGAAAGAGGGAGAAGUCUAUCUGUUGCCCUACAGAGAAGAGAAUGGCUUCUACAAAGCACCUGAUAAAUUUCUGGGGAACAUGUUGCUAAGUUACGGACGAAUACUUAGUGUGUCAUUUACAGCUGAGAUGAAAGAGCUCUUGCCCAGAAGUGCAACCGUGGUGCUGGAAGGAUCCGGAAUAUAUGUUACUGCUGAUUUGUACUCUCAAGAGCCAUACCCCUCACUGGACAAGACACCUAUCAACACCUUCAUUCUCAGGUUAACAGAGAAGGAUGUACAGCCAUCUAUAGCCCCCUAUGAGUUUUUCCGAAUGCUCUUUAAUCUGACUGCACUACGUGUCAGCAAUGCAGGGGGCCAGAAUUAUACCUCUCAACUCUCCAGGGUAACCAUGGAAUCUGCACGCAAGGUUAAUUACCUCCCUGAUGCGGCAUGGCUUGCUCAAUGGGUAGAGGUGUGUACUUGUCCCACGGGAUUCACAGGGCAGUUCUGUGAAUUCUGCACCCCUGGAUUCACCAGAGAGACCCCUUAUGGUGGACCCCUCUCCUCUUGUGUUCCCUGCAACUGCAAUCAACAUGGAAUCUGCCAUCCUGAGACAGGUGUGUGUGACUGCACAGACUUCACCACCGGCCUCUAUUGUGAACAUUGUCAGAAUGGUUACUAUGGCAAUGCAUUGACUGGCAGCCCAGGCGACUGCUUACCUUGUCCUUGUCCGGAUCGCACCACCUGCACACAGGUGCCAGAGACGGGGGAGGUGGUUUGUACCAACUGUCCAACAGGCCAGAGGGGUGUAAGGUGUGAAUUGUGUGAGGAUGGUUUCUAUGGCAACCCUCUGGGCUGGGGUGGUGAACUGCAGCAGUGUGUGAGGUGUGCCUGUAACGGUAAUGUGGAUCUCAACGCGGUGGGUGUGUGCAGUCACGUGACUGGACACUGUCUGAAAUGCCUGGGGCAUACGACUGGAGACCAUUGUGAAAAAUGCAGAUUGGGUUACUACGGAAACGCUUUGGCCAAUGAACUCAGCCCAGAGCAAAAGUGCAAACAUUGUGCUUGUAACAUGGCUGGGACAUCAGGUUCUACGAAUGACUGCCACCCAGAUACAGGAAAUUGUGUUUGCCUAAGUCAUGUGACAGGAAGGGACUGUGGACAAUGUGAAGCUGGUUUCUUUAACCUGCAGCCAGGCUUAGGCUGUGAAAUGUGUAACUGCAAUACCAUUGGCUCCUCCUCUUCCAUAUGUCAUCCAGUCACAGGCCAGUGCAUGUGUCGAACAGGUGUGGAGGGGAAGUCAUGUGACAUUUGUCGAGUGGGCUUCUUUGGUUUCUCCUCCAAAGGUUGCAGAGCAUGUAAUUGUGACCCCAUGGGCUCCACCUCAAUGCAGUGCCAUGACAACGGGACGUGUUCCUGUCGCCAGGGGUUCGUUGGUUAUAAAUGUGACAAGUGUAAACGUAACUACUAUCAGAACCGCCUGACCUACCAAUGUGAGGAGUGCCCUGUGUGCUAUAGUCUCAUCAGAGACCAGGCCAGUAAGCUGAAAACCAAAUUGCAGGAGUUGGAGAUGCUGCUCUCCAGCUAUGACUGCAAUAGAUACAGUCACCAGUAUGACAGACGCCAGCAUCACUGGCGCCAGCAGCAUGGGCACCAAAAUAACGACCUGGACAAACAAAUACAAAAGGACCAGGAUGCAGACUAUCUGCCCAAUGCUCUGGAGGACCUAAUUGCUAUUCAAGAGGCUCGUGAUGCCUUCAUUAUGCAGUUCACACAGCUAGAAACAUCUGCAGAGACAUUACAGCUACAGCUGCGUAGCAUUGCAGUGGCAAUGAACUGCAACCUCAAAGAGAGUGGGGAAGAAUUAGUGGAAGAAAUGACUCGGAGGGGUGAAAAUGAGUGUCAAGAGCUUGUUGACACAUUAUCUACUGCUCUGAAUAUGCAGGAUCAGUUUCAGAAGAUGACUCUUGACCUUAACAGGAUGGUCAUCCCCUCUGUAAUCCCAAAAGAACCAAACAAAUGGAACUCCAUAGUGAACGAAUCUAAAGUGCUUGUGAAAAGUCAUACAGAAAUUACAACUUAUAUAGAACAGAUAGCAGAAGACGCCUUUAAAAUGGCUAGCAAAGCCUAUUCUCAGCUGAUCACUCUACUAGAAGACAACUCAACAGAGUCUUAUGUACAGGAUUUCACAGAGAAAAUGAAGGAGAUGCAGCAGUUGAAGGAGAAUCUUACUCUUGAGGUUAAUGAGACUUUUUCAACACACCUGUCACUUCAGAAGCAGAACUCUGAGAUUGCUGACAUUUUACAGAACAUCACCACUUCAAUAUCAGAACCACGCAGGACUGAUGCCAAUUUCACCCACAAAGCAGGGGAGACCAGUAUAACAUAUUUCAGACAAAUGCUUAAUCAAACAAAUAUCACAGCAAGCCAAGAUCCAAAACUCACACAGAGCGAGGACCUGAUGAACAGAAUGGCAGAGUUAGACAUUUUAGUCCAGUCCAAAGAGCAUCUGGUAAAUAAGACCAGAGAGGAAAUUCAGCCUCAUGUGGCCAGAUCAGAAAAACACAUGGAAACCGUUGAACAGGCCAAGCAGCUGAUGGCUGUAGCUGAGGGAUUGAAGGUGUCAGCCAUCUCCUCUGUGGUGACAGGUAAAGAGGUGGAGGCAGAGGUCCUGUCUCUGCAGAAAGGUUUGGAAGACAUGGAGCAGGACUGGCAUAAACUGCCUACAUUUAGCAAAGGGUUUCUGAAGAGAGAGAAAGUGCUUAAAGAGAAGACCCUGUUGGAGGUGAAGAAACGAGUGAAGCAGGGAGAGAGAAUGAUCAAACUUGCACUGGAGAACGCUACGUCUGCAAGCAGCACGGCUAAACAAGCUGAGGAGACUGCAGACACAGUGGCUAAAAAUGUCAAAGCGUCCAUCGCACAGGGGAAAAGGACAAAACAUGCAUCUGCACAGUUGAGCUCAGCAGUGGAUGACACCCUGGAGCAGUUGGCUGAGCUGGAAAGUCAAGUGGCAGAGAAGCAGGAAGCCAUGAAGGAAAAAGGGGACAGUCUUUCUUCAGGGAGUGUGAUAGGCAGUAUGGAGACAGCUAAGAGUCAGCUGGAGUCUUUUUCAAAAAUGCUAUCCCUGCUUCUUAAACAACUGGAAGCAAAUGUGGUUCUAGAGAACUAUGACCACAUCCUGAAUGAGACUGCAGCCCGACUUCGUGUUCUCAGAGGUGCUGUGGAGAGCCCGUCACUCACCGGAAAGAUACAGAAGCUUCGCAGUGCUGCACAUGAUCAGGAGAAACAACUGCAAAAUCUCGAACAGAACCUACAGGAGAUUCGAGAGGAAAGAGACAGUCUGACCAACAUCGCCCAGGACUUGCCCAAAACAUGCCCACAAAGCGGGCACUAAGCCGGUAGAGGGCAGAGAGGAAAAGAAGUAGAGAGACAAUUUGAUUCUGCCUAAUUCUAUUUAGUGUCUUUAGAGAGACAUUGAAGAAGCUUGAGGGAGUUAGUUACUUCAGGAAAUCAAAGUCAAUAGAAGCUGAAGAGAAAAAGGAGGAAUACAUCUCUAAAAUCCUCUACAUUCCUCUGUCAAAGGCAAAAUUGAACAUAUAAGUGACAUAUUCUGUAUUUAAAUCAUUUACUUUAUACCUAUUAAUUUGGGAACAUUGAAUGGGUUUAUAUACUGAUUGAAGAUUCACCAUUAUUGGUAACAAAAUCCAGGUGAUGAAAUAAUCCACUGUAGCGCUUAGAAUUGAAAUCAUCAAUAUUCAACUAGAAAGUCAGAGUGACCAUUAGUGGCUCUCCAUAGAUGUUGAUGUUAUGCUUUGAAUGUUGAUGAUUUGCAGAUUCUAGGGAAUGACAUUAUGAAGUUUGAAUGCAUUUCUAAUAGUAUACAAUUUCCCAGUACAUUAAUGCUAACUAAUGGGAGUUCCUGAAAUAUGUUUUUCAUUUUUGUGGCCACAUGAGAAUGUCAUAUCCACAAAUGAAUCUUGGUUAUUGUACACAAUACUUGCACAAAAUCAGUAAAUCUAAACCAAUUAAACAACAUUUGUUGUAUAUAUGUGUGUUAUGCUGUUUUUUAAGAUCCUGAUCAUACUUUGUGAGCAUCAGUGUGUGUUUACAUGUGUGUGCAUUUUGACAUUCAACUUAUUACUUAUUUAGUAUCUAACAUCUAAAGUAUUAAAUAUUUAUUCAUGUGCUUAAAACCCAUCUGUUC